GGCGUCAUCCAUUUGAGCCAGCACAGCCGCCAUCUUCCCGUCGUCCCGGCCUAGUAGCCGAUGGGAUGCGGUCUGUCAGCUACGUGCAGCGUGUGGCUCUGGAGUUCAGCGGCAGCCUCUUUCCUCACGCCAUCUGCCUGGGGGACGCUGACAACGACACGCUGAAUGAGCUGGUGGUAGGAGACACCAACGGGAAACUCUAUGUGUACAAAAAUGAUGACAGCAAACCCUGGACUGUACGAUCCUGCCAAGGAAUGCUUACAUGUGUUGGUGUGGGAGAUGUAUGCAAUAAAGGAAAGAAUCUUACAGUGGCAGUGAGUGCAGAAGGUUGGUUUCAUCUUUUUGAUCUGACUUCCCCUUCAAAACACUCAGAUACUUCAGGCCACCACGAGUUAGCAGAAGAGCAGAAGCCAGUGUUCAAGCAACAUAUUCCUGCCAACACUAAGGUCAUGCUGAUCAGUGACAUAGAUGGAGAUGGGAAAUGUGAGCUGGUGGUAGGUUACACGGACAGAGUGGUGCGUGCCUUCCGCUGGGAGGACUCGUCUGAGAAUUCAGACCAUGUCUGUGGGCAGCUGAUUCUGCUGAAGAAAUGGUUGCUGGAAGGUCAGGUGGAUAGCCUUUCUGUGAACCCAGGCCCUAAUGGCUUACCAGAGAUGAUGGUGUCCCAGCCAGGAUGCGGUUAUGCCAUUCUGCUCUGCACCUGGGAUUCUGAGCAGCAACCCGUGGUGGAGGGGAGUGACAGCUCUUCCCCAAGCAGAGAAACCCCUGUUCGAGACGUUAUUCUCCACCAAACAUCUGGCCGGAUUCACAACAAGAAUGUUUCCACGCAUCUGAUUGGUAGCAUUGGCCGAGGCUGCUCCAAUGUGGGGAAUGGCUCGGGUCUCUUUGCCCUAUGUACGCUUGAUGGGACGUUGAAACUCAUGGAAGGGGCAGACAAGCUGCUCUGGUCAGUGCAGGUUGAUCACCAGCUCUUUGCACUGGAGAAGCUGGAUGUUACUGGCAAUGGGCACGAGGAGGUAAUUGCCUGUGCAUGGGAUGGCCAGACGUACAUCAUUGACCACAAUCGCACGGUUGCCAGAUUUCAAGCAGAUGAGAAUGUCAGCGCAUUCUGUGCAGGCCUAUAUGCAUGCAAACGAGGAAGUAACAGCCCAUGCCUGGUUUAUGUCAGCUUCAAUCAGAAGAUCUACAUCUACUGGGAUGUGCAGCUGGAGAGGAUGGAGUCCACCAACCUGUUAAAAAUCCUCGAGAAUGACCCAGAAUUUGACAGUCUGCUGCAGGAGCUGGGUGUGGAAAAAAGUGAUGUUCCUGCAGUCCAAGAUCUAAUCUACAAAACACUGUAUUUUCCUGAGAAACUACAGCCUAACAGCGCCCUGCAGUGUCAGAAUCCUGCUGGAACAGACUCCUCUGCCCACCACACUGUCAUCCAUAAACCAUUACAAGACUCAUAGAGGUGGGCAUCUUCCAUCCCAUUGGAAACUGUCUGCUGACUGCAAUUGAGCAUUCACCCUGCAUGAUACUGUGACUGGAGCUCUCAUCAUUCGCAUUGUGCUUUCCUGAUGCUGAUGAGUCCUGUACCGGCUAUCAAUUAGGUCAUAGUAAAUUGGCAUCCCUCUAAUUUUAGGUUUCUGUUUCCAGCAACCUAGAGCUGCUGUUCUGAUUGCCAGAACAAGCGAGAAUUCUCACUUUUCUCCCUCAGAAUCUCAGGUGAAGCAGUAUUAACCUCGUGUGUGAGGUCAGGAAUGCGACCACACCUGCUUAGGGUAUAACUUGCAGGCCACAUACAAGGUCACAUACAAGGAGUAAUGUAUAUUGGGUGGGCCAGGACAUCUGUAACCUCCGAGUACUUCAGCCAAUGAGGAAAGGAGGGACAACGCAUCAGAAAGAAGGAUAAAAAAGAGGCAGCGACUUUUGAGGUGCUGAGUCCCAUGGACUCUCCCUUUCUUUGAAUAAAGAAAGCUGAAGACUCUACUCUGUCUCCUCUUGGAAUUAAGAUAAUUGGGCAAAUCUGUCUGAGCAACAUUUUCCCAACACUGCUGAACAGCUUUAACCAUGAAUCAUUAAAACUCAUUUUACAGGUCA